AUGUGGUUGACCUGCCUGGCCUGCCUGGUGCCGGGGGCAGCUGGGCUCCAGCCGGAGCGCUUGCCGGGACAGCACUCCUACUUCCCGUUGGACCUUUUCUGGCCGCAGAACAGGCGGCAGCUGUAUGCUCAGAUCCUUCCGUACACACCGGUGGAGCUCGACCAACUUCUUCUGGAUGUUUCCAUGCUGGCCGCCAUGCCUCCUUGGCCUUGGGGCCACUUGAUUUACCAGAAGGUUCUGGAGAAGGCGUUUUCUUCAGGAGUCCCUGGGCAGCUCGCAGAGUUUGGCGUUGGUCUGGGCGGCAGCUCCGUGUUCUUUGGGCACCUCGCGAGGCUCGCGGGCCGAAAGUUGCUGGCGGUAGACUCCUUCCAGGGGCUUCCGGCCCCCGACGCCCUGAGAGAUAAUCCCUACUUCGUGGAGGGCGACUUUGGCCCUCCCGAUCCCGAUGGCCCCGAAGUUGAGAACAGCGCCGCCUUCCGACAGCUGCUGGAAAGCUUCGGCUUGGAGAACACCGUGCAGGUGGCGGCGUCGCCUUUCGCCGCAGCUCAACUGCCUGCGGACUUCCAGCAGCUAGCCUUUGUGCACAUUGACGGGGACUUGUACCAGUCUGUGCUAGAUGCUUUUGAAAAAACAUGGGACAGGGUGUCGGAUGGCGGCAUCGUGGUGGUAGAUGACUUUUUCCACAAGGUGCAGGGCCCUGCGCGUGCCACAGCCGAUUUCUUCAGAUCCAGGAUGAUGGCACCUCCGUUGCUCUUCGUGGUCCCAGCAUAUGCAGUGCUGAUCGUGAAGGGCCACGUGGCUCAGACGACAGCGGCCGGCGCUCCCCUUCGGGCGUUGGAUGGCAAUCUCUACUCUUUCGAGCUUCUGCGGUCGUACGAGCCACUGGCGCAGGCCGUCCGUUUGUCGGUGCGCCGUGCUGAGCGGGCUGGGGGGCCGCGGCCGGGUGAAAAUGCUUUGGCAUUUUUGGAAUUUCUCUCCUACCCAGCGGCUGGCGCGCAAAGCGGCGCGGACAUAUUCAGGUAUUUGACGCCGCUGGAGGACAUGAUCGAUCUUAGUGAUGGUGGAGCGUUAACGCCUUACGGGCCGCGCCCGGCGAGAAGGAUGCGAAUUCCGAGCCAGAGGCGAACAGAGCACGUCUUCACGGGGUGCCAUCCUCUGCAGCUGCAGCUGUGCAGCGAGAUUGACCUCGCAGUGCUGGAGAACGCGUCCUUGGUUGGCCUGGAGCAGGUCCAGGUGGAGGUCGAGCGUUUGGCCGAGAGUUUGAAUGCUUGGGAUCCGACCACAGCUGCUCACAAUGCGGAGCGGCUGGAUCGGAUUGCAACUCAGCCGCAGGGAUGCCUGGAUGGCGAUCGCCAGCUGCUCGCGACUCUUUUGCCGAACGAUGGUUCCUUGUGGGCUGCUGCUCUGAAGCAGCAAAGUGUCGAGUCCAACACGUAG